CUCACCACAACUGUAGCCACAUCUACGACAUCCCCAGCCACCACAACUGCAGCCGCAACCACAACACCGCUCUCCACGACAGAGGCUGCCACUACAACUGCAGCUGCUACUACAACUUUCCCUGUCACCACAACUGCAGCCGCCACCACAACAGUCCCAGCCACCACAACUGCAAUCACCAAUACAACAGCCACAGCCACCAGAACUGCUUCCACCACUACUAAAGCCCCUCUCACCACAACUGUAGCCACAUCUACGACAUCCCCAACCACAACUGCUACCACCACUACUACAGCCCCUCUCACCACAACUGUAGCCACAUCUACGUCCCCAGCCACCACAACUGCAGCCACAACCACAACAGCAUCUGCAAACACAUCAACUCCAUUUACCACUUCGAUAACUCCCGCUAACACCACAACUAAAGCUGCCACCACCACCACAAAUGCUCCCACCACUACUAAAAUCCCUCUCACCACAACUGUAGCCGCAACUACGUCAGCCACUGCCACCACAACUGCAGCCGAUACUACAAAAGCAGCCGACACCACCAAGUCCCCUGUCACCACAAUUGCAACCCACACUACAAGAGCCACUGCCACCACAAUUGCAACCACAUCAAUGACAGGUUCUGCAACUACAACUGCAGCUGCUACUACAACUUCAAAUGUCUCCACAACUGCAGCCCGUACUACAGAAGCCAAUGCCACCACAACUGCAGCUGGUACUACAACAGCAGAACUGUAA